AUGGGUUGUGGGAACAGUAAGGUGCUGCCUGAGGCAUCCAAGAAGGGCUAUGUAAGUGUGGUUCAAUCGCUCGUGGCCUUUAGUAAAGCUCAGGGUGAUGAUGAGUCAAAGAAGCAUGCAAAGAAGAAGAGAGCUCCAUGGUUUUCCACCAGUGCUAAAAAUCUCCAACCUGCAUCAAACGGACAGCAGCAGAUACUCAGAGAGGGACGACAGCAGGACAGAGUCGCAAAGUAUAAGGACAAGUUUGAUCCACGUGUGAUGGCAAGAUACAACAUCAAGGCUCUGAUCGGUCGGGGGAGCUUCAGCCGCGUUGUGCGCGUUGAGCACAGGGCGACUCGCCAGCCAUUCGCCAUUAAAAUGAUGGAGGUGGAGGCCCCAGAGGGCCGCGAGGUGUGCGCCACGGAGCUGGCCGUGCUGCAACGAGUGAGCCACUCGCACGUGAUCCAGCUGAUGGAGGUGUUUCAGUUCCCUCAGCGGGUCUACAUGGUGCUGGAACUGGCCACAGGGGGCGAGCUGUUGGACCGUGUGGUCAGCAGGGGCCACUUCACGGAGAGGGACGCCACCCAGGCGCUCAGGAUGGUGCUGGCUGGGGUGGCAUACCUGCACAAUCUGGGCAUCACCCACAGAGACUUGAAGCCUGAGAACCUCCUGUACUACCACCCAGGGGCCGACUCCAGGCUGCUUGUCACCGACUUUGGACUGGCCACUUUUGGCGGCGCAGGGUCAGAGGUCGUGAAUGGAGAUAACUCAGGAGCAGAUUCUUGGUCCCUCAGAACCACCUGUGGGACCCCAGAGUACAUGGCCCCUGAGGUGUUGCUAAGGAGACCAUACUCCUGUGCUGUGGACAUGUGGGCCCUGGGGGUGAUCGCCUACAUCGUGCUGAGUGGAUCCAUGCCGUUUGAGGACGACAGCCGCACACGCCUCUACAGAUCCAUAGUGAGAGGAAAAUACAGCUUCCAUGGAGACCCUUGGCCCUCAGUGUCCAACCUGGCCAAGGACUUUAUCCAUCGCCUGCUGCCAUUGGACCCCGCAGCUCGACUGACCGCAGACCAAGCUCUCCAUCACCCCUGGGUAGCCAGCAUGGCAGCCAGUUCCUCCAUGAAGAACCUCCAUCGCUCUAUUUCUCAGAACCUCCGGCAGCGGGCAUCCCGCAGCUCCUCCCGGUGCCCGAGCAGCAACGAAAGCUCUGCGGACUCCACCAAUGUUGGCUUGGGAAAGCUCAUAUUGCUGGAGGGAAACCAAGAGCAGCAGCAGGGCCGAGCAUCUGGACGACUUCCAGCCAGAGGAGCAUCAACACCAGCCAACUAAAGCAUCAGAUUUAUAAGAAGGCUAAUGGAAGGAACCAGCUGCCCCAUGCUCAGUGUGUAUACCAAACCUCAGAGCUGCAAACAGGAAGCCAAAGGGUCUGGGACAGGUGUUGUGACAAAAAAAACUUCAGUCAAGCUUCUCUAAUAACCCCCUGGAGGCUUCUUCCUCCAGUAGCUUCUCGUGGUCGGGUUAAGCUGUAAGUGAACAUCUUUCAGUUUGGAGGGUCCAGGUUUAUAUUGAGACAGAGCUGUCCACCUCCACAAGGCUCUAGCCUGCUUUUAUUCACACAGCUCAGACUAAUGGCUCUUAUCUACAUCAUUAUGAGUCACCACAUCACCUGCCUGAGAGGAGGCUUAUACCAGAUAUGAGAAAUAGGAGCUAAUCUUAGAAAGGAUGACGUAAAAGAAGGAAAAACUUGCUUUUUCUUAGAUCUUUUUCCUUUUCUAAACAGUUUAAAACAGCCCACCAGACAGCAGGAUGAUUUAUCUUUUAUAAAGAAAGAAGCAAAUAAGGCACGCUGUAGCCUUUUCUUUUGUUGUCACUCCUCCUACAUAGCAUCCCCCACAUCACUGUGAAACAACUGAAAGCACAAUCCAGAUAUUUGGUGACAGGCCACUUUCGAGUUAAAAUGAGGUUUAAAGAGCCCGCUCUCUCCUCCAUGCAUUAUGCAGGCUGUUAACAGCAGCAUUCUCAAAAUAACCACAUUUCCAGUGAGAAGUUUUAAAUUAAAAUGCUAAUGUUAGUAUGCGAAAGGAGUGCAUUAAACAGCGAGUAUAUUAUGCAAAACACAAUUACAAGUGAAGUUCAAUCAUGUUUAGCAACAUCACACGUCAUGUAUUAUGGAUUUAUUUCUCUUUUUAUGUUUUAAUCACAUUUGAUGAAUGCUUUUGGUUGCAAAUGAUAAAUCAUGUAUUAGACUGAACCUGCAAGGAUUAAUGGAUGCCAUACAGAUCAGAAAAAGGAGUUUCAACAUAUAAGAAAAUAAAGUUAGGACUACCUGUAUUUUAUUUUUUUGUUUGUGUAUAAACACAAUAGUUUUCCUUUUUCUAAGUAAUACUUCACCAACAGUCAGUCAAAAACUCAAAAAUAAUGGUAAAAUCCCUGAUGAUUUUUUGUGUGUACAUGUUCUUAUUAUUUAGAUGAUGGUCUAAAAAGUCAAUCAAUCAACCAGGUGUUUUG